AUGUUUGCCCAAUUAAGUCAAAAAACACUAGAAUUACUAGAAGAAAAAGCGUCAAAUUAUCCUUUUGAAGAAAUUAAUGAAAAUUUAAAUAAGGAUAAUUCUGAGAAGAAGACUUUUAAUUUUGCUAGUGAAGAAUUUUUAAAUUCUUUAAAAUCUGUUGGGCAAUUUGAACUCGAUGUUGGUUUAAAUAAUGAUUUAUUACAAAAUGAAAGUUGGGAUGAUUAUUUAAUUCAAUUACAACGUUGCAGUUUAAAAUUAAAAAAUUUAAAAGAAAAAAGAGAAAAAUGUGAACAGAUACUUAAAGAAUUGGGAGAAAAAUAUAAUUCUGUAACUGACAAAACUUCAUCUUUACACGAUGCUUGUGAUAGAAUGAUGUCAGAACAAACACAACUAGCUACUGCAAAUGAAUCAAUUAGUGCCAGUCUUCAUUAUUAUCAACAAUACGAUUGGCUACUUAAAAAAUUAGCUACACCAAAAUUAUCAUUAACCGGCACUUUAUUCACACAAAUUCUUUCAACAAUACACGAAUGUAUUAGUUAUUUACGUGCACAUCCAGAACAGAAUGAAGCAGAGCAAUAUAUUCAUAAAUACGAACAAUGCCUUAGCCGUUCUUUAACAGCCAUAAAGGCUGGAGUAUUGGCUGAUUUAGAAUCUUGUCGGCAAGAUGUUCUUUAUAGACAAUCAAGAUUUACAACUCCUUCACAAGAUGGAAGUGGACGUCCAGGAAUUUUAUCUUGUGUGGAUAACGAUGAUACUUUCGCUUUGUUAUAUGGAAUAUUUGGAGUAAAGGCUAAUGCUAUUAGAAAUGCAUUCCAACAAGCAUUUCAAUUUUUUGCUACAUAUCCAGAAUAUCAAACAAUCGUUUCAGAAUGUGAACAAGAAUAUUUUUCAAUUAGAAAUCAAUUACUUCGACCAAUUGUUCAAGCAACUUUACAGGCUCUAUGCCUUCGACAUCAAAAUUCUUCUUGUACACUAACUAGAGAUGGAUGUACUUUUCUUCUUCGCCUUUGUGAUGAUGAAUUGCGUUUAUACAAACAAUUUUUUGUUUUGGAUUUUGAUCAGGGAACAAAAACAGCAAUGACCCCUUCUUCACCCUCAUUAUUUUCAUUUUGGCCUCUCUAUUCAAACGAGCAACACUCUUCUGCUCAACAUUUCCAUUCUUUUAUAGAAAAUAUAUCUAGAAUAUUUUAUGAUACUUUACGCCCACUUAUUAUUCAUAAUCAACAUUUGGAAACACUUGCACAACUUUGUACUUUACUUAAAGUAGAAAUGAUAGAUGAACGUUGCGGACUUAGACAAACCCCUGAUUCAGCAGCUGUUGAUUUUACAUCAUUACAACAACAACAAACAUCAAUUUCUCGAAUUGGUUUUAUUAGAGUAAUUAAUGAAUUGGUUGCUGAUAUUGUUGAGAGAAUUGUUUACAGAACUUCAUUAUUUGCCAAAUCUGAUAUUCUUGAUUAUAAUCCAGCAUCUGGCGAUUUAGUCUAUCCUGAACGACUUUUAAUGAUGCAAAAAAUAAAUAAUGGUGAUACUGGGAAAACUGAAAAAGAGCAAAACAAAAAUUUGGAUGACCAAGUUGAAGAUUGUGAGACAAUUGGUCCUUUACCUCCAACAAAGAAAUCUGGUACUGGAUAUGUAAAAUUGACAAAACAAGCAAGUACAUCGCCUAUUGACCAACAUUGUCUUUGGUAUCCAACAGUUAAAAGGACUGUGAUGUGCCUUAGCAAGUUAUAUCGUUGUUUGGAUCCAACUGUCUUUAUGAAUGUUUCUCGUGAAUUACUUGAUUCAUGUUGUCAAUCACUUGAACAUGCAGUGGAACGUAUUAGAGCCUUGCCUAUUGAUUCAGCCCGUUCUACAAUAAAAAAUUCUCCAAAUCGAGCAAUUGAUUCAGAAUUAUUUAUAAUUAAACAUUUACUUAUUCUUCGUGAACAAACAAGUCCUUACCGUCAACACCAAAAACAAAAACAACCACCUAUGCAGACAUUAACACGUUCAAAUUCUGUUUUGUCAUCAGGAUCAGGGAUAGGCAUUGGACAAAUAGAAGAAACACAAAUUCACCCACAAUUGGAUUAUCAAUUAGAUUUAAGUAAAUAUACACAAUCGAUGCUACAAUUAUUAAAUCCUGAAAAUCGUGCUAGAUGGUUUGAAUUUGGUACAAACAAUGCACUUUUAUCGCUUCUUUUAUUGACACCUGUUCAUGUUAGCGAAUUACAAACAGAUUCUAGACGUAUCAUCGAACAACAUUUAAAACGUUGGUGUCAUAUAAUGAUUGUUCACAUUUCUGAUCUUUUAUUGGGCCAUUUAGCCAAUUUUCAAUCAGAAUUAGAUCAAUUCCAAAAUGAGCAAGAACAGCGGGCAAAAAAUGAACUCGCUCCUUUGGAUGUUGCAUCUUCUGAGCGAUAUAACCCUCGGGCUUUAAAUGAUAGAUGUUCACAAGCUUUCAAGCAAUUGAAGCAAAAUUGGCCUCAAGUUCGUGCCGCUUUCGGUCUCUAUAUUGGAAUGCGUGAAACUGAAGAAAUUCUUCUACAACCUAUACGUCGUGCAGUUUGCAAUGCUUUUUCAAGUUUAAAUUCAUUCGCCGAACGUCAUUACGAAGAAGAACAACGUUUAAUAAUUUGUGCACCUGGACAAGAACAAAUUUGGCUUAUUUUAAAUGCAUAA